GCGCUACGGCGUGGUAGAGGGACGGUUCUGUUUCGAAGGAGGUUCUCACUGCGGCAAAGGCGAAGGUCUGCACAUGCUCAUCACGGAUCAAGCUCAAGACAUCACCGAUUCAUUCGACCUCGCCGCUCAAGGGAACCUUUCUUUACAGAGAACACCGAUGUCACGAAAAGGUAUUGGGAGCAAGACAAGACCCAACACACGCAUGUCUGACUUUAACACAUUUGAUCCAUCAAUUCCGGAUACAUCUAGCGGUUUAUAUGAGGAAAACUUCUUUGGAGAAGACUGCGGGGGAUCAUCAUCCUACUGGCCAUCGGACGAAAGACGAAAUUACGAUAACAACGAUUUUAGAUGCUCCACCGAAAUGGAUAUUGGAAAACCGCCUUGGAGCGGAGCAGAUCACGUCACUUUAGAACGCUGCUACAAUUGUCUCACAAAGCUUGGUGCGAUUUCUCGAUCUUCAACAGUAGCUCUAACUCCUGGCACUACCUUUAACCCAGCUUGGACAAUGGAAGCUGUUCCAGAAAGCAACUCCGAUAAUUCAUCAAACAGUACUGAAUAUUUAACUCCAAGAGCUAUAACAAAACUAUAG